CGUAAAAUAAGAACAAAGAGUUUUUCUUCACACCAAAGAUCGUAAGCACACCAGCAGCAGUCAUGAACGCGAUGCUUGGAAGAGGGAAGAAGAAGGUUACCCUUCCCACCCGACCGGAGCCGCCAACUACGGCAGGUAUCCUGGAAGACGUCAAGAACGCCCCAGAAGAUGACGUGGCAUUUACGUACUUCAGGAGACGUGAUCAUGGGAGGAACAUCAGCUUCAACAUACAGGGACUGGCUACGACAACUAGCGCUGAUCCGGAAAAACAUGGUAUAAUGAGUGACUCCUUUGAGGAACAGUCUUCAGGCCAAGUCAAGAAACCAUCACAUAUCUCUGAGCUGGACUUGCAGGAUGAUGUCGAUGGGUGCUAUGAACAAGCCAGAACUUACAUAGAGCUCAACACGAGACUGGAGAAAGCUAAGACUGAGCUGAGACGGAAAUGUGAACACCUGGAAGUCUUAGGCUCAGAGCUUACCAACUCCAUACAGGAACUAAAGAAGCAGACAGAACAUUCAUAACAUAUUCUGAAUAUGUCUUCAAAAUAACAAAAAAGGGAAUCAUGGAUUGAAGAUGUAAUAAAGGGCCUAAAUUCUUUUGAAUGUGUCUCCAGAUUGAUGGAAUGCAGCUGAAAUCUACAGUGGUAUUAGUUAAUAUGGAAAUCAAUAUUAGCUCUAUGAAUUGUAAAUUUACAAAAUUAAGAGCAAAUAAGGAACCAACUGUCAAUAAAGGUGUUGGUACAAAUUAGUCUUUGCAUUUUUGGUGAAUUGGUGUGACUUCAAUAGUCCACAGCACCUCGCAGUACCUUUUCUCAGCACAAUAUUAUCUUAUUGUGACGUGACAACAGAUAAAACAAAAUUAUAUGAAAAUACAUGUACAGUUGUACCAUAUUUCAUCUAUUUGCCCACAUCUUUACAGCUUCCAUGAGGAUAUGACUAAUAGUAAUACUGUCUGUAGUGUAGAUGACUCCAUUUGAAAAAAACAAAACAUUUUCAUUGUACAUAACACCAUUGCAAAAACAUAUUCAUAUACUAAACUUGGCACAAGUUUGGAAUAUUAACUUCUGUUGAUCAUAUUCCUGUCGUGUCUGCAUCAAUUUCAAUGUAUUAUAUACAAAUGUACCAUUAAAAAGCUUGUGUGAUUUCUUUUCAUCUGAUGUCUAACUUCUUAUGCUUGAAACUUCAUGGAAUGAGUACCAGGCCUGCAUAUGUCAGGGGGUCACACAAAUUAAGUGCCAAAAUUAUCCUUAGUACCAUGUUUGUCAAACAUUUUCUUCAGUUGGUAUUGACUUUUGCAUGAAGGCAACUUGAAUAAAUAGGACACAUUAAUCAAAGCCAGUGUU